AUGACGGAUGAUACGGAUUCAGUAUCAGCAAGCGGCUCUGGAGCAGGAGCAGGAGCAGGAGGCGAUGAAGGAAAGCCGCGAUGUCAGCGCUGCAUCGACGGAAACUUUGAGUGCCACUACGGCCCCAGACUGACAUUCUUGAAUAAGAAUGCAUUGACGGUGUCACCUUCGCCCAAGGUGCCCGAUGCGACAACGCCAAAAUACUCACGCCUUCAGUUCGUAGGUGCCGGGUCGUCCAAACAAGCCGCCAAAGAUCCGUCAUUACAUGCAUCGUCUCCGCCGCGCGAGCAACAUGGAGUCAACGGGAAUGUCGCAAACGAUCUGAACAGCAACCAGUCAUCUCUACCGCCACCGCCGCCUUCGCAAACACCAACGCAAACGGUGAUAACCUUCCACGCAGAUACCCAACCCCCAGAACCAUCGCCAGCGGCGACGACUAAACCAUCUCCUCUCGAGCCGAGCCUCGCGACGCUGAAUCACAGCCGCCAGCACCCACCGCUCGAGCAAUGGCGGCCACCUCAGAGUCUGGGUAGCCUCGGGAGUCAUGAGAGCCUCUCAUCACCGGUGCGAAAUCUUGAUAUCACGGGGAAGCUGACGGGGCCAUCACCAAAUAAUGACGCUGCCUACGAGACGGCCUUGAAUGUCUUGCUGUCGCUCGGAAACGAAGGGCCAGCGGGGCUAGGUCAGUCGCCUGAUCAUGGCUCCGGGUCCUAUGCGGUUGUUGGUGGUGAUAGUAUCGGUGUGGUGAGCCCCGGAGAGAUGAUGUCGCUGUCGCCGAACUCAACGAGGGAGAGGAGAGGGUCUGGCGUGUCUGCUGCUGGCGGCAUUUCGCAAGAUCGCCUGCUGCAGCUGUUGCGUCACUUUAGGUAUCAGCUCGCGCCAUGGGUGAGUCCAACACCAAGCCUUCUUGACUUGUGUGAUAUGGGACAAACCUUUGGUCUCUACGUUUCUCGCCUCGCCAUCGAAUCCGAAUCGGUGCUUCACUCACUUCUUGCCGUUGCCGCAACGGCACAGCAGGCCGAUCUGCGCAUCGUAUCCGGCGACGUCGGGUACCUCAAGUCUCUGGCUGAGGCGAAAGCUUUUCAGCUCAGCGGACCGGUCAUCAACGACACCGAUCUGGUCCACUUGACUCUAUCUACGGCAUGCCAAUUCAUCUCCGAUAUCCCCAGCAGCUGGAAUAGCCUGUCAGGUAGCAUAGAUCAGAACUUUUGGAAUGUGGCACUGGCGGAAGCAACUCCAAAGACCGUUUCGAUAUUAUCAGUCUUGGUUCGACUAGAACUUGCAGCCGCACUCGUAACCGGGGCUCCCAUCUCGAUCCCCGAACAUCUAUCCUACAACCCGAUCCCACAACAGUGGAACUCCUCCACCAUCGCGGAGACAAUUUUUCAAUACACCAUCGAACCCCUCCUCCUCUGCGCAAAAGUAAUCAACUUCUGCUCAGGCAGCUUCCCACCACAAACCCCAGCCGAUCUCGACCUCGGCGGCGGCGUCCCGCUCACGCCCGUCCACCGCUGGACGAUGCUCAGCGACGCCCUCGGGUCCUGGUACACCAACCGGGCGCAGGAAUUUCGCCCCAUGGUGGAGAUGGAUGGCGGCGACGAGACGCUGUUCCCCGUCGUCCUCUUCACCAACGGGGCCGCGGUCUUUGCGAAUCAACUAUAUCAUACGGCCAUGUUGCUGCUGCUUCAGAACAAACCACGGACGUUGCAGGCGGCGACGGCGGCGGGUAAGAAGUCGUCGUCUUCGUCCAUGUCGCCGCUUUGGCAUGCUCAGCGCGUCUGUGGGAUCGCGCUGAAUAAUGACCGGAGAGAUAGUUGGGAUCUUUGCUUGGUCGCGUCAUUAUAUCUGGCGGCGCAGCGGAUGACGUACGAGCCUCAGCAAAAGGCGAUUUUGGGGUGCUUUGAUCGUAUUAAAUCCAUAACUGGAUGGAACGUCGACGGUUUCUCAACGAAAGUUCGAGAGGAUUGGGGUUUGAUGUAG